ACCAUCAUUUAAAUGGGCCUUGUCAAGGAUAGGCGGCGAUAAAAACGUCUAAAACGAAGAAGUUUCGUAGUCGUUGCCAGCCAUCAGGCAUCAUCAGUACGAGUUACCAAAAACAGUUUUAAUUGUAUUAAAAGCCCCAACAGUUAAGACAUAGAAAUGGUUCUGAAAUUCUGUGCCAACUUGUCGUUUAUGUUUACAGAAACGACGGAUAAUUUGCUGGAGAGGUAUCAACUAGCUUCGCAAGCUGGUUUCAAAGCUGUUGAGUUUACUUUCCCGUACCAAUAUCCCAUCGAAGAUGUAGUCAAGGCAAAAUCAGCUGCUAAUGUGGACCAGAUUCUAAUCAAUGCUUAUCCUGGUGACACAGAACGUGGUGAAUUGGGGCUUGCCAUCAUGUCUGGAAGACGGGACGAAUUCAGAGAAAGUCUGGAGAAAGCCAUGGAAUAUGCAACAGCAUUAAACUGCAACAAAAUUCAUAUCAUGGCCGGAAAGAAGUUCGCCGGCAUUGUGGAUACGGCAAUGGACGAUGUUUACAGAGACAAUUUAGAGUAUGCCGCGAGAAUUUUUCAAGAAAAAGGCCUGAUUGGUCUAAUUGAACCCAUUUCUGAUGCAGUUAUUCCCAACUACUUCAUGAAUUCCUUCAGUAAAGCUUUCCAAUUGGUCAAAGAAAUCAAUAGUGAUUCAUUGAAACUUCAGCUAGACAUUUUUCACUUACAAUUACUGGAAGGCAACUUGACACACCGGAUCAAGGAACUAUUGCCGUACACUGCCCAUAUUCAAAUUGCUCAAGCACCACUUCGUGAUUCUCCAGAUAGCGAAGGAGAGGUCAAUUACCGCUAUAUUUUGAAAUUGUUGGAAGAUAUUGGUUACGAUGGCUAUAUCGGAUUGGAAUACAAACCUACGAAAGCCAGCUCCGACAGUAUUGGAUGGAUACGUGAUUGGGGAUACUCGUUGUGAUAACUCAGUACUGAGUCGUAAUUUACCAUAAUUUAGAUUUUAUAGGGGUUUUUUACAUGUUUUUUGAGAAUUAAAAUUAUACGGAAGGGUUUAUAUCAUAAA